UCUCCCUGCCUCCCUCCCUCCUCCGCCCGCCCCUGAGGCAGGGACCGUGCAAAUCGAGGAGAGGGGGGACGGACAGGCCGGAUGGGGUCCAGCUUAGUGCCUUGGGCUCCCUCCUGAUGCCCUCUCCACGCUGGGUGUUUCCAGCAUCUUGGGGCCUAAAUUUGCGUGAGCUUGGGUGGUUCCCAGGCUGGGGAGUUCCCUCCGGUAGGUCCACGGUGCCCCCGUUUUGCUUCAGGACCCCCCCUCGGAUGCUCUGAGCCACCCUCCUCAACCCGGAUCUAAAACCUGGGACAGAGCUAUCAGGCCAGCCUCUCUCUCCACCCCACCCCCUCUUUCUGGCGUCCAUCCCCUCCCCAACCCCACCUCUGCUGCUGCCUCUGGCUGUGGACCUACACCUCUUCCCCAUCCCCAACAGGCCUGGGGAGCAGAGUGAGCCUGGAUGAGAGCUCCCCCAACCUGGGGCUCUCCCAGGCCAUGGCCCAAGUGCUCCCAGGGAGGAGCCCCGGACCCUGAGCAUCUGCUAGAGGCUUGGCAGAGGCCCCGUGGGGACCGUGUCUUCUGAGGACAAAAGGCGGCGGCCAGCAGGCAGACAGGGAGGGGGAAGGGGGGGACCGGCAGCCAGGCGGGCAGACGGGUAGCAGGGACCAGUGCUGGCCCCCCUCCCAGUUUGGCGGUGGCAUGAAGAUGGGGGUGGGAGUGUAUAGUUGGGGAAGCACCUGCCGGGACCCUCACCUGCCAGCUAGCUGGGCACCCCAAGGCUGUGUGCUGCCCACCUGGUGUUCCCCAACACCCACAGCCCUGCCCAGUGCACCCCUCCGGUGCUUGCUUCCUCUGAUGUCUGAGAUUUAGACCAGCCCGGCUGUAUCCACGGCAACAGAAGCAGGAGUGUCACUGGCGGCCAGAUCACUUGAGGGUCCCACAAUGUGGCCUGGGCUGUGAUUUAUCCUGGGUGAGACAGCGUGAGCCCCUUCCCUGGAUUCCAAGACAGCCCUGCUGAGAGAGACCAGGUAGCCCAGACUUUUGCUCAUUCACCACGGAAGGUACAGCUGUAAUUCCCAGCUAGGGGAAGGAAGCCACUGUAGGGCUAAAAAGAAGGCAGAGACCCAAGUUUUAUGUCCGGAAUAGCUACAAGAUCUCUUCUUCCAAGAGGAAGUCACCAUCAACAGGAAACUUCUUGCAUAAUUUAAAAAGUUUGAAGAACACAACUUUGGGCUUUGCAAAGGGAGAGAAGAACCACACCAACAUCCCUAUUCCACAGACCCACCAUUGGAGGAAACAGGUGCAGCCCAGCAGGACAACUGAUGGAGUCCCCCGGUGCCCAUCGAGUACCGGACUGGCUGACCCCAUAGGGUUGGGAGCAGCCUCUGCCCCUCAGUAUGGCCAACACCACUGGAGAGCCCGAGGAGGUGAGCGGCGCACUGUCUCCACCAUCAGCAUCGGCUUACGUGAAGCUGGUGCUGCUGGGACUGAUCAUGUGCGUGAGCCUGGCGGGCAACGCCAUCUUGUCCCUGCUGGUGCUCAAGGAGCGUGCUCUACACAAGGCUCCUUACUACUUUUUGCUGGACCUGUGCCUGGCCGACGGCAUACGCUCUGCCGUCUGCUUCCCCUUUGUGCUAGCUUCUGUGCGCCACGGCUCCUCGUGGACCUUCAGUGCACUCAGCUGCAAGAUUGUGGCCUUUAUGGCCGUGCUCUUUUGCUUCCACGCGGCCUUCAUGCUGUUCUGCAUCAGCGUCACCCGCUACAUGGCCAUUGCCCACCACCGCUUCUACGCCAAGCGCAUGACACUCUGGACAUGUGCAGCUGUCAUCUGCAUGGCCUGGACCCUGUCUGUGGCCAUGGCCUUCCCACCUGUCUUCGACGUGGGCACCUACAAGUUUAUCCGUGAGGAGGACCAGUGCAUCUUUGAGCAUCGCUACUUCAAGGCCAAUGACACGCUGGGCUUCAUGCUUAUGUUGGCUGUGCUCAUGGCAGCCACACAUGCUGUCUAUGGCAAGCUGCUCCUAUUUGAGUAUCGUCACCGCAAGAUGAAGCCCGUUCAGAUGGUGCCAGCCAUCAGCCAGAACUGGACAUUCCAUGGUCCUGGUGCCACCGGCCAGGCUGCUGCCAACUGGAUCGCCGGCUUUGGCCGUGGGCCCAUGCCACCAACCCUGCUGGGUAUCCGGCAGAAUGGGCAUGCAGCCAGCCGGCGGCUGCUGGGCAUGGACGAGGUCAAGGGUGAAAAGCAGCUGGGCCGUAUGUUCUACGCGAUCACACUGCUCUUCCUGCUCCUCUGGUCACCCUACAUUGUGGCCUGCUACUGGCGAGUGUUUGUGAAAGCCUGCGCCGUGCCCCACCGUUACCUGGCCACUGCUGUUUGGAUGAGCUUCGCCCAGGCUGCCGUCAACCCCAUCGUCUGCUUCCUGCUCAACAAGGACCUCAAGAAGUGCCUGAGGACUCACGCCCCCUGCUGGGGCACAGGAGGUGCCCCGGCUCCUAGAGAACCCUACUGUGUCAUGUGAAGCAGGCUGGUAGGCAGACAGGCAGGCAGAAGGUCAUGGCCACAGCGAUGCGGCCAACAGAAGGGGAGAGAUGGGACCCCAUACAGGAGCCUUUCUUUCUGAGCUCCAGCCCCAGCCCCUUGAACCACUCGGAAUGUAGGCACCUUUGCCAAUACCUCCCCAGUGUUGGGGACUGGGUGGGGACUGGGAAAGAGGCAUCUCUAGUCCUGUGAGGCCUGUCUCCACUGCCUCCUUCUCCACUUAUACAAUCUCUCUCCUUCUCUCUCUCUCUC